GAUGUUCUCGCAUAUGAUGCCUGGAAGCCAAAUGCCAACAAAACUACUAUGUAGUCAACAUGGAGCCUGAUACCUCUUCUACGAAGGCCGAGCUUGCAACGAUGGGUCUUAGCUCUGUGUAUCUAAAGGGUCUGCGCUGCUACAGUGGGCAUGUGGCUCCUUUGGAAGAGACCCCUCUGGCGACACUCUGCGUCCCAACUUCCCUGGCCAGCAACUCCUUUAUAAAGGAUGGAAUACCUUCUGUUCGAGGGUCCCUUGGAGUUGCUGCUCAGCAUCAUAGCGUUGGGACCAUCCCAGGUCUGACCACAUUGCGGAGCACGCACCAUAUGAUCACAUCACGAAGCGUCAGCAUUUUGAUGGACCGUAUUGGUGAGGGCAACACGUCUCUACACAGGCCAUAGAGUUAAUGUUCUGCUUGUUCGAGCAAAAGUCAGAGGAACG